AGCAAAAUUACACACAAAUCAUACUUUCUCCCUCUUCUCUUCUCUCUCUCUGACGCAAUCUCUCUUUCUUCCUCUCGCACACAUUACCCAUCUCUGUUUUUCUUCCCUUUGCUUCUUGCUCACCGUCUCGCAUCGCUACCCAAUCUUCACCACGGAAAUGCAGAACCCUUGCCUUCCAACGCCGCCCGCCACCCACCAGAUUUUGCCGUUGUAGCCGCUCCCGCCGCCGGGGUUCCUCUUAUCCGGUGCUCGUAACGGCGUUAAUCUGAUAACGGAUUCGAAAGUCGAUUUAGGUUCCGAUUGCAGGGUUGGUUGGGUUUUGUUGUUUACUCGAUAAUCUUCGACGACGAGGUCGUCUUUAGGGUUCCUGUCGCCAUGGCUCCUGGGCGUAAAAAGGGAGCGAACCGGGCGAAGGCCAAUCAGUUGAGUUUGGGGGAUCUGGUCCUCGCCAAGGUUAAAGGAUUCCCUGCUUGGCCUGCUAAGAUUAGCCGGCCAGAAGAUUGGGAACGGACUCCGGAUCCUAAGAAAUACUUUGUUCAGUUUUUUGGGACUGCUGAAAUUGCAUUUGUUGCUCCUGCUGAUAUUCAGGCAUUUACUAAUGAAGCAAAGAGUAAGUUGUCAGCUCGAUGUCAAGGCAAGACUGUUAAAGAUUUUGCCCGUGCUGUGAAGGAGAUCUGUGAAGCUUUUGAAGAAUUACAGCAAAAGAAAGCAGGUGGUUCUGGUGCAGAUACUGAUAAGACUGCCCUUGACUCUGUUGCUUCCUCUAUUGAUGGUGGAGUGGCUGAAUUAAAUGAUCAGAUUCAGACGGACAUUCAUAAUCAAAUCUCUGGUGGUGAGGCUUCAGCUGAUGAUCAAUAUGGAUUGGAACAGUGCUCACAUAGAGGGGACGAGACUGAGAAGAAGGAUAUAAAACCUAGCAUUUCAUGUAACAAAGAACCUAGCUUAUCUCCAGUUUUAUCUAUUAAGAGAAGGGACAAAACAUCCAAUGGUGCACACAUUCCAAAGAAAGAGGCACCGCCAACAUCUAAGCCAGAUAAUCCUUACCCACUUAAAGAAGAAUCUGGUAAGGUAGAGACUCAUUCGAAAGGUUCAAGUUCUAGUAGAAGCAGUCAUCUCCUCAACCAAGGAGACUCCCUUAGUUGCCUGGUUGAUGAUAAUGAUGGUUUGCCAUGUUUAGAUGGUUCAGUUUCUGCCAAACAGUCCACUGGUGGACAGAAGGCAAAAAAAGUCGUUUCUGUAUUAAAACGAAGACGAGAUGGUGCAGUGGAUGUGCGCAAAAGGAUGAAUCCAGCUCUAAAAUCAUUGAAGCGUGAUAAUCCUGAUAGUCAUCUUGAUCUCCCUGAAUCUGGAGAACAUUUGAAAGAUGGAGUUCAAAGCAAAAGUUCUCCAUGUGACAACAAAAAGGAAUCAUCUCCGGAUACUUUCAAGUCAGAUUCUGAUAUCAGCAAUAAAAAGAAAGCCAAAGGAUUGCCAAGAGUUAAUAAACAUCUCAUGGGAGGGGAUAAGCCACUUGGACUUCACGACAGUUGCAAGGGUACCUUGAAUGGUUCUGAGGGGCAGGGCAAGGAUGAACUCUUGUCAUUGGGAGACCAUAGGAAAAAGAGGAGCCAUCUUGGUCAUAGUAGGCAUAAGUUGCCUCCUGGUGAAGAUUCUGAUCCUACCAAAAGAAUAAAGCAUGUAGAUGUUAGUGGUAGCACAACUAAGAAAUCACUUUUCAAAAGGAGUGAAUCUCCAGGUUCUGCUGUUGUUGGUGACACGGGAGAUAAACAUGGGGAGACCAAAACAUUUACAUCAUUUCUCAAGGAAGAAAAUCAUCUUCCAUUAAGUUCUGAAACAUUCAGUGUUCAGAUAACUUUACCUGGUGAUGAAGAUAUUCUACCCCCAACAAAGCGCCGCCGUCGGGCAUUGGAGGCAAUGUCUGACUGUGCUACUGAAACUGCUGGAGACAUAUCAGAUAAACGACCUGAUCCCCUUAAGAAUGAUAUGUCUAGUUCUGAUUAUGAUAGUUCUCCUGUUAUCCAGGUUCACUCGAAAUGGAGAUCAGUUUGCCAAUUUGAUGAUAAGGAGGAAGAAGAAAUAAAAAGCCCACUUCAAGGUGAAUUCACCAAUAAUUUGAAUGGACCUUCAUGUGUGCCAGAUUCUAUUGAUGACAUUGAGACACGUAAUGCAAGUUUCAAUAAUUCUCAAGCAAAUAAUUUGGGAGAUUCUAAAAUUGAUUUUGAUUCAUCCCAAGUUGAGGAUGGCCUUUCUAAGGUUGGUGAAUCAUACAGCAAACUUCCAACUGAACCUUCAUUACCCCACCUGGAUAAGGCAAUGGCUGCUGAUGAAUAUUGUAGUCCCCAGAAACUAGAUUCCCAAAAAUUCCACUCGAGGGAGGGCAAGCUGAUCUUGGUUUCACCCAAAGACUCCCCUGGUCUAGCUACAGCAGCUAAGCAAGAAGAACAAAAAGCCACCAAGCCCCAGGGUAAAGCAUGCUCCUCUACAGGUCGAAGGGUUCAGUCUGGGUCUUCUAAAGCCUCUAUUUCAGCUUCUGAUGCUUUAAAUCGUCUUUCGAAUCAAAUGACAAGCCAAAAGAACAAGUUAACAGUUGCAUCAGAGAAGUCAAAAGCUACUUUGAAAACUAAUUUACAGAUGAAUGACUCUGCUGUUUCAGCAGAGCAAUCUUUGGAUAAUGGUUCUCUGCCUAAAGAGCACUGCAGAUUGGAAGUUGCUGGUGACAAGUCUGUUAGUUCAUUGAUAGAUUCCAAGUUUUCUGAAUCUUUUACGUCUAUGAAGCAUCUUAUAGCAGCUGCUCAGGCAAAAAGAAGACAAGCUCAACCGCUGUCUCUUUCUCAUGAAAGUCUUAUCCCACCUUUUAUUUCCACUACUUCUAUUACUCAUGGUAGGAGUCCUAGCCCUGCUGCAGUUCAGCCUUUUAUGUCUGGUACUAGCCAUAUUGUGCAACAGGAUGCAAGGGGAUUAUAUUCUCGCACAUCUUUACCUUCUCCUUCUGCUCAUUCUCGUCCAGUUGCGUCACAACAUCAACUUGAUUCUGAAGAAUAUGACAAUGUAAGAGUUAGCUCUGGACACCGUGCACCUGGGGGGUCUUUGAGUGGUGGCACAGAAGCAGCUGUUGCACGUGAUGCUUUUGAAGGAAUGAUUGAGACAUUGUCAAGGACAAAAGAAAGUAUUGGGCGUGCAACCCGUCUUGCCAUUGACUGUGCCAAGUAUGGCAUUGCUAGUGAGGUUGUGGAACUUCUCAUUCAAAAGUUGGAGAAUGAGCCUAGUUUUCACCGUAGAGUGGACCUCUUCUUUCUUGUGGAUUCUAUCACACAAUGCUCACAUAGUCAGAAAGGAAUUGCAGGAGCUGCAUAUAUUCCCACAGUGCAAGCUGCACUUCCACGCUUAUUGGGUGCUGCUGCUCCUCCAGGAGCUGGUGCUCGUGAAAAUCGUCGCCAGUGUCUUAAGGUGCUUCGGCUAUGGCUUGAGCGGAAAAUUUUGCCUGAAUCAGUUCUUCGGCGUUACAUGGAUGAUAUUGGUGGCUCAAAUGAUGAUAUGGCUGCUGGUGUUUAUCUUAGACGUCCAUCUCGAGCUGAACGUGCUGUAGAUGAUCCGAUCAGAGAAAUGGAAGGGAUGCUUGUUGAUGAAUAUGGGAGCAAUGCAACUUUCCAGUUGCCUGGAUUGUUAUCUAUUAAUGUAUUUGAAGAUGAGGAAGAUCUUCCCAGAAGUACAUGCAAGGAAAUUAGUGGUGAGUCACCAGUGGAACCCAGCAAUGCUAUAGAAGAGCCAGAAACUUGUGCUGUUACUCCAAGUGACAAGCGUCAUCACAUUUUGGAGGAUGUUGAUGGUGAGCUUGAAAUGGAAGAUGUUUCUGGAUCUCCAAAGGAUGAAAGGCCUGCGACCAGAAAUGAUUCUUCUGAACCGGAUCCCCAACAGCAGAAUUCAGAUAGGAUUUUGGAUUCAGGUUCUGAUAAUCUUGCUGAGCUUCCCCCUCUACCACCAGGCUCUCCACCAUUGCCUUUAGAAUCUCCACCUCCACCACCCCCCUUGCCCCCUUCACCACCUCCACCACCACCACCACCACCACCACCUUCAUCUCCAUCGCCUCCUCCUCCUCCUCCACCACCACCACUACCACCACCACCACUUCAGCAAUCACAACCACCUCCGUUGGCAGUGCCACCUCGAGGCCAUCCAGCAUCGUUGCCACCUCAAUCAUCAAUUCCUCCUCAAAUGUCAAUACCACUUCAACCAUCGUUACCUCUAGCAUCAAUGCAAUGCCAACCUUCAUUGCCUCCACCAUCAUUGUUGCCUCAACCAUCAAUGCCACCUCAACCAUCAAUUCCAUCUUCUACAACACAAUUGGUAUAUCAGCAAACUGUACCUCAAGAAUAUUGUAGGAACCCCCUUCAAAUGUUGUCUGGAGGUGCUCAUCCAGGACAUGCUAAUGCUGCUGUGAAAAGUGAAAUGUUUCCACAACAGUCACCUUGCUUUGUGCCUACAGGAGCUGGCAAUACAUGUGAUCCUUCUGGCUUUAGUUCUUCAAGGCCAUUUGACUAUGGACAUAAAGACAUGUAUUUUAAUCCCCAAUCUCAACCCAACCAGCAGUUCCAACCAGCUAAUGCACCACCUUAUACUCAGAGACCUUAUCACCCUGGUACCCCUGCUCAAACCUCAACAAGUCAUCUAUACCCAAACCCGAAGCCAACAGUUCAACAGCACAUGCAACAGUCAUAUCCUCGUUCCUACUCAUUGCCAUCUAUUCCCAAUGGUCGGGGGCAGUACAUUUCUGAUGAACAAUGGAGAAUGCCUUCAAGUGAUUUUAAUCCAGAUAGUCAGUCUGGUAUGUGGGUGAAUGGAGGGAGGCCUCCAUGUUCAGGGCCGCCGUUUUCCCAGGAAGCAGGCUACUUACGGCCACCUGCUGAAAGGCCAUCCACAAAUAAUAUGGGUUACCAACAUCCUGUCCACAAUCCCCUGACCUCUGGAGCUCCAAUUCCAGGUCAUGGUGUUGGCCAUAUGCUGCCUUGUAGACCAGAUGUCUCUGCAAUUAAUUGUUGGAGGCCAGCUUAAGAAUCACUCUGGAGCAUUACGAUUUAGACUUUGUGAAGUGGACAUCUGGACGAUAAUAUAUUGAAGUGAAAAUUUCACAUCCUUUGCUGCUCCAAAAGGCGAUUUUAGCUUCUGGAUGACUUUCUAACAACCAGAAACAGCUAAAGAGUGUUGAGAUCUGGCGCAAAUCCUUGGCAGAACUCUGUAUAUUGUAAUUUUUCCUGACAGCUGCAUCCCACAGGCUUUUGCUUUUGAGUGUAAGCCCGUGUUUUGGCUAAUCUAGCAAACUGGUUCUUUUGUAAUUAUAAUGUUCAUACAAUAGAAGGAAAUUUAUUUGAAGCUCUGACAACCAUAUAGAUUUGGCUGUGUCCUGCUUUGGUUGUGAAGUAUUCACAUAACAUGCUUGUGUUUUAAAUACUUUAUGGUAAUUGAAACCUUGCAGUAAUCCAGUUUGAUUCAUUAGUAAAGCAACCCAUUUUGAUGGACUUUCCUCUCUUUA